UGGGUGUUGCCCAGCGAAGGCCUUUAACGGUUCAAUUAAAGUUUUAAAUCGAUUUGGAGCAGUGCGGCCAGACAAAGACAACAAACAUACAAACGAACAGCGAGUCAAAAUGAAUGUGUUACAACGUAUACUACUUUUGGGCUGCUUGUGUGGCAGCUUGGCCAGCGCUCAGGACUAUCAAGACUACCAGGAGAACACACCUCGACCGGCACCUGUCAGACUGCGUCCGAGCAUCAGUGCGCACGUGGAGGCGCAGCGACCGACGCCUGUUCCCAUUCUCAAGCAGAUCAAUAAACAUAAUGAGGAUGGCUCCUACACAUACGGCUAUGAGGGAGCCGAUGGCUCCUUUAAAAUCGAAACUAAGCUGGCGACUGGAGAAGUCAAGGGCAAGUACGGCUAUGUGGAUGAGACAGGCAAGGUGAGAGUGGUCGAAUACGGUGCCAAUAAGUAUGGCUUCCAACCAUCGGGUGAAGGCAUCACUGUUGCUCCACCAACCCUAGUGGAUGAAACGGCCAAGGAGGAGCCAGAGUAUGAAGAUGAGCCGGUGCAGAGACCUCAGCGGCCUUACCGCGUUCAACGACCCCAGCAACAGCAGCAUCGUCCGUCUCCAUCACCUUUGCCGCCGCGUCCACAGCCUCAGUAUGUGCAAUAUGCCGAGGAGGAGCCUGAGCCAGAGCCACCACGUCGCAUACAGUACGCAGCCCCGGCUCAGGCAGCGCCAGUGCCACAGCGCUUGCAAGUGCCCGGCGCUCAGCGUUCCACAGACGUACUUUAUUCACCACUUCAGCGUCCUGCACGCCCUGAGCCCGACUACUCGCAAUCGCAAAACUUCGGAGAAGGUCCGUCCAACGUUCGUAUCUCCAGGCCCGUCUACGCGCCUGCUCCUGUCUCACCAGCACCUAGCAGUGCACGCGCCCAAGGCUUCUUAGCGCCUGCUUCUGGCGGUCGGCCAUUGCUGGAGCCUGUGCAUUUCGGUCCCACCCAGGCGCCCAUUGCACGACCAGUGCAACAGACCAUUUCCCAACCACAACAGCCGCGCUAUCAGCCACAGCCACAGGGACGGAGUGGCGGCGGUGGCAGCUUGCUGGACCAGCUAGCGCGUGACUAUGCUCUACCCCAAGGAAGUGCGCAGCCGUUGCAUGAUAUUUCCUUCGGCUACUAUUGA